GAUCCUCCUCUUCUGUUUAGCACACGCGGCGUGUGCAGAUACUGGUUCAGCGCUGAUUAGUUUUGUUUAAAAAGAAAUUAAUCAUCUCGACCAGGAAGACAAUUAAACAAUGGCGAGCACGAAAGUUGACAAUCCUGAGAAACCAGGACAAGAAGUGACUCCUAUUCACAGAAUCAGGAUCACAUUAACUUCACGCAACGUACGCUCCCUUGAGAAAGUUUGCUCUGAAUUAAUCAAUGGAGCAAACAAACAAAAACUGAAAGUUAAGGGGCCAGUUCGUAUGCCUACCAAGAUACUAAGAAUAACUACGCGUAAAACACCUUGCGGUGAAGGUUCAAAGACAUGGGACCGUUUCCAGAUGCGCAUUCAUAAAAGAGUUAUCGAUUUGUAUUCACCAUCAGAAAUUGUGAAACAGAUAACAAGCAUUUCCAUUGAACCUGGUGUUGAAGUGGAAGUUACAAUUGCAAACGAAUAAGCAUUUCGAAACUGUAUAAAGUUGUAAUAAAAACAUAAAAUUCAAA